AGGUUUACCAGUACUGGCAGUUUCCUUAAUUCACAGCAUUCAAACAUCCAAGAAGCAGUUAGUCAAGGACAUCUGCCAUGUCUAGAUUCCGUGAUAUCAAUGCUGCUCCACCCAUUGAAGUGUUUGCCCUCACCAAGGCUUACACUGACGAUUCAUUUCCGAAGAAAGUGAAUCUUGGUGUUGGUGCAUAUAGAUCUGAUGAGGGGAAGCCAUGGAUUCUCCCAGUAGUGAAGAAAGUUGAAGAAAUGAUUGCUCAGCAUAUAAAGGAGGAGAAACUAAAUCAUGAGUAUCUUCCUGUCCUGGGGCUUGAUGCUGCUUCAUCUGCUGCCACAAGGAUGCUCUUAGGAAGUGAAUCUCCUGUUCUAAAAGAAGGAAGGGCAAUUGGAAUACAGUGCUUGAGUGGAACAGGAGCAUUGAGGGUAGGGGCCGAGUUCCUGGCAAGAAUCUUGAACUGCAAAACCUUCUACUACUCUAUUCCAACUUGGGAGAACCAUAGAUUGGUAUUUGUGAAUGCUGGCUUCAGUGAAGUUAAGGAGUACCGCUAUUGGGAUGCUGCAAAGCGUUGUGUCGACAUUGAGGGAAUGUUGGAGGACUUGCGAUCAGCACAAGAAAAUUCAGUCAUCAUUCUGCAUUCUUGUGCCCACAAUCCUACUGGGAGUGACCCCACAGAAGAGCAAUGGAAACAAAUAGCUGCUGUCAUGAAGGAAAAGAAGUUGUUCCCAUUCUUCGACUGUGCCUACCAAGGAUUUGCUUCAGGUGACUUGGACAAAGAUGCCUGGGCUGUCAGGUACUUUGCUUCCGAGGGCUUUGAAAUGAUAUGUGCACAAUCUUUUGCCAAGAAUUUUGGACUAUAUAAUGAAAGAAUUGGGAACCUGACAGUGGUCACAGCGAACAGUGCAGUCCUACCCAAUCUUCGAUCACAAAUAACUCUUAUCAUUCGAGGAAUGUAUUCCAACCCGCCCCAUCAUGGUGGACGCAUUGUGGCCAUGGUCCUGAAUGAUGCUCAGCUUUUUGAGGAAUGGAAAACUUGUAUCAAGACUAUGUCUGGUCGAAUCAUUGAGAUGAGGAAAGCCCUUCGAAGCCAAUUGGAGAAGCUUGGAACUCCUGGGAAGUGGGAUCACAUCACUCAACAGAUUGGAAUGUUCUCCUUCACUGGCCUUUCUCCCAUACAAGUUGAUCAUCUUGUGAAAGUCCACCACAUCUACUUGCUGCAGAGUGGCCGGAUCAACAUCUGCGGACUGACCACAAAGAACGUCAGCUAUGUUGCUGAAGCAAUCCAUGAUGCCAUCACUAAGUUCCCACAGUGAAACAAGGUGGUACACCUGUUACAGCAAGAUUUACCCGAUAGGGCAAAUGGCAAUAGGUAGCCUCUUAGUAUGGUCCUUUUUUUUGUUAAUGCUUUUCAUCUUGACUAGUAUGCAAGAGAACUUAAACCUAAUAUUGCAAUAUCUUGAAUGAGUGACUUUUUGGUGAUCAUAAAUCUGUCAUAUAUUUAUCCCAUUUAAAUUUUCUUCACUUAUGUUGAAUUAUAUAGGAUUGUUUUUAGGUAGAGUAAUCUUUAGAGGUGAAGAAAAACUAUACAAUCAAAAUGUUUUUUCAAUGUUGUUUCAUGUCCAUGUCUCAGAUGUGGGCAUGAAACAACAUUGUUUUGCUGCUCUGAAUGCCAUCAUUUUGUAGUGAUGUAUGCCUGUGAUGUGGUGAAUAAGAAUGGGUUUGAAAACAAUGCUGUGCAAGGUAUAGAAUAGACAUAUGGGCAACAAU